GUUAAAUCGAAAUACAAAUCAACAAACUCGUAAAAUCAAAGAAAUCAAAUAAUAAGCCCAACGACACCAGAGGCGAUAUCCGCAUAACGUAUGGAAUAUGCCAAGUCAUGAUUGGGAAGCGUCGAGAUUUAAAAUUGUUCAGCUACAGAAAAAAUAAUUAUUCAACAGCUGAAAUUUAGUAAUUAUGGAAUUUUAAAACUUAAUUGUUGAGAGAAGUAAAAAUCGUGCUUUUGAUGCUAAGAAGUGAGUCUGAGAGAUCAAAGGUGCUGGAAUGAAAAUUUAAGAUUGUGACACAAUCGGCGAGAGCGUGCAUUCAAUUCAUAAUUUGUUUUACAACGACAAUUUGAAUAAUGCCAAGAAAGUAUAGCACAUUUCCAGCGAAUAUUAAAUGCCAUUUGCACAUAAUUGGAUUAUUUGUGCUUUAAUAUAGAAAAGGCAGAUAUUUGAAGUAAAUUAAUUUGGUUCAUUGGAAAACGAGGAUCUGUAUGAAACACAAAUAACUGACUUCCUUAACUGUUGGGCCAUUAGUAAACAAAGUAAAUUAAAGAGAAUGGCAGUGGCAAAUAUUGAUUAUGAUUUUUUGAUGAAAUUUCUUGCACUCGGCGAUUCUGGUGUGGGUAAAACCAGCUUCCUAUAUCAAUACACAGAUGGACAAUUUCACUCACAAUUUAUAUCCACUGUGGGUAUUGACUUCCGGGAAAAGCGUUUGAUCUAUACAUAUCGUGGACGCAAUCAUCGCAUACAUCUGCAACUUUGGGAUACUGCCGGACAGGAACGUUUUCGUUCAUUGACCACUGCCUUCUAUCGUGAUGCGAUGGGCUUUCUACUCAUCUUCGAUUUGACCAACGAGAAAUCCUUCCUUGAAAUCAGUAAUUGGUUAGAACAGUUGCGAAUGCACGCUUACUCAGAAGAUCCUGAUGUGGUAUUAUGUGGCAACAAGUGCGAUCUCGAUGCUGUGCGUGCGGUUAGUCAUGAACAAGUGCGUGCUCUAUCCCACCGCUAUGCAUUACCGUAUAUUGAGACCAGCGCUUGCACUGGUUACAAUAUCAGGCAAGCAGUGGAAAUGCUUGUGGAGCGUGUUAUGUUGCGUAUGGAGAAUGUAGCAACAAAUGCAGAACUAACGCGAUUGAUGACACAAACACGUUGUAUGCCCAAUAUAGGUUUCCCGGGCGGUGGCGGUGGUGGUGGUGUUGGCGGUGGCAAUAUAGUGCGCUUAGGUUGUAAAGAUAUGGAGUUGACUGAGGAACAACAACAGAGUCGAAAUUGCAAAUGUUAAAUAAAGAAUUUUCAUCUCUACAAUUUAACUGAAUACUCUACGCAUAAUUGCUGUUUGGUACAAUAAUUUUUAAAUUUAUUUAUAUAUAUGUGUGUGUGCAAAAGUUGUAUGGUUUUGGAAAACUGCUUUUUCUAAAAAAAAAAACAAAAAUAAAAAUAAAACACAGAUGCCAAUGUUAUUACAAAUUUAAUGAUUACAAAAAUUACUGCUCAAUUACUGUAAUAGUCGCUGAAACUUAUAUGUAAUUGUAUAUAUGUAUUCUUAAAUGUAAACAAUUAUAUUUGU